CGAUUCUCGACGCUCCAGCAACAUGAAGACGACAAUCUUGAUGGCGGCGCUCUGUGCCUUGGCGACGGCUGACGUGGCUCCAAUGGCGGGUGGUGCACCGGCUCUCAAGGGUGCUGGGACGGACGAGAAGGCGAAGCAGCAAGAGUGGUUUGGCUUUUCUCGCUUUGGCGUCGGGUUUCCCUUCUACGGCGGUUUUGGCUGCGGCGGCGGCUGUGGCUGCGGUGGCUGGGGCUGCGGUGGCUGGGGCUGGUAGAGACGACCGCUUCGUACUUUGAUUGCGCGCUCCAGGCGACUAUCGGUAGUAAGAAUCGAACACGUUUUCUGUGCAGAGUGCA